AUGUCUAACAAUGGAACACAAUUUGUGUCUAGCGAAUUUUUAAAAUUUUGUGAAAUUUUCCUGGUAGAACAUAAAACUAUGGUUCCAUAUCAUCCCAGAUCUAAUGGACAGGCAGAAUGGUUUGUUGAUAGCUUCAAAAGAACCCUUAGAAAAUUGAAUAAGGAAGUCACGGAUGAGGUAGCCCUACAACAAUUUUCAAGAGUGUACCAUGUGACACCAAAUCCAAAUACAGGUAGAUCACCAGCGGAGCUAAUAUUUGCAAAGAAAGUAAAACCAGCCUUUGAUAAAUUGCUACCUGGCAAGAAAAGGAGAAGUGCAAGGGAAGACAUAGCAAGAUUCUUUAAAGUUAGUGAAAAGAUCUAUAUGAGAUCUAUACAAGAAGGGAAAACAGAGUUGAGAAGAUGGUGUAAUUUACCAAAUGCAUAG